UGUCUGAAGAUCCGAGUCGGCGGAGCCGCGGUCUGGUCUGCGGGGUAGGCGGGGCGCAAGAGUGUUCCCGGGGGCGGGGGGCAGAACCGCGUCUAAAGGUUUCCGCGAUUCACCCGCCGGCGUCUGGCCUGGCCCAGUUGCACCGCGAGCGCUGCGGACACUCGGGGCGGCAGUCGGUCUAUCAGUCCUCCCGGCAGGUCCCGCGGCCCGCACCUGCAGCUCCGCACCUGCGGCCAGUGCCUACUGCCCUCUCUUGCCGCCCGCGCCUGCAACCCCACACCUGCCGCUUGCACCUGCAGCCCCGCGCGCGGCCCGGCUCGAGCAUGGCUGACCAGGCGCCCUUCGACACGGACGUCAACACCCUGACCCGCUUCGUCAUGGAGGAGGGCAGGAAGGCCCGCGGCACGGGCGAGCUGACCCAGCUGCUCAACUCGCUCUGCACAGCAGUCAAAGCCAUCUCCUCGGCGGUGCGCAAGGCGGGCAUCGCGCACCUCUAUGGCAUUGCUGGUUCUACCAACGUGACAGGUGAUCAAGUUAAGAAGCUGGACGUCCUCUCCAACGACCUGGUUAUGAACAUGUUAAAGUCAUCCUUUGCCACGUGUGUUCUCGUGUCAGAAGAAGAUAAACACGCCAUCAUAGUGGAACCAGAGAAAAGGGGUAAAUAUGUGGUCUGUUUUGAUCCCCUUGAUGGAUCUUCCAACAUCGAUUGCCUUGUGUCCAUUGGAACCAUUUUUGGCAUCUAUAGAAAGAAAUCAACUGAUGAGCCUUCUGAGAAGGAUGCUCUGCAACCAGGCCGGAACCUCGUGGCAGCUGGCUAUGCACUGUAUGGCAGUGCCACCAUGCUGGUCCUUGCCAUGGACUGUGGGGUCAACUGCUUCAUGCUGGACCCGGCCAUCGGGGAGUUCAUUUUGGUGGACAAGGAUGUGAAGAUAAAAAAGAAAGGUAAAAUCUACAGCCUUAACGAGGGCUACGCCAAGGACUUUGACCCUGCCGUCACUGAGUACAUCCAGAGGAAGAAGUUCCCCCCAGAUAAUUCAGCUCCCUAUGGGGCCCGGUAUGUGGGCUCCAUGGUGGCUGAUGUUCACCGCACUCUGGUCUAUGGAGGGAUAUUUCUGUACCCCGCUAACAAGAAGAGCCCCAAUGGAAAGCUGAGACUGCUGUACGAAUGCAACCCCAUGGCCUACGUCAUGGAGAAGGCUGGGGGAAUGGCCACCACCGGGAAGGAAGCUGUGUUAGACGUCAUUCCCACAGACAUUCACCAGAGGGCGCCGGUGAUCUUGGGGUCCCCCGACGACGUGCUGGAGUUCCUGAAGGUGUAUGAGAAGCACUCUGCCCAGUGAGCACCUGCCCUGCCUGCGUCCGGAGAAUUGCCUCUACCUGGACCUUUUGUCUCACACAGCAGUACCCCGACCUGCUGUGCACCUUACAUUCCUAGAGAGCAGAAAUAAAAAGCGUGACUAUUUUCACCAUCAAAUGCUGUAGAAUGCUUGGCACUCCCUAACCAAAUGCUGUCUCCAUAACGCCACUGGUGGCAAGAUAUAUUUUGAGUGGAUGGAGGAGAAAUAAACUUACUCCUCCUUAAAAAAAA